AUGCUCGAUACGGUGACAGAACUACCCAGAUGGGACCUCAUCAGUCUGAUCGGUCUUUCCGUUAUAUCCACUUUGUUUUUUCUUCUCUCCCCAUUCCAAAGAUCUCCAUUCCCCUUGAUCAAUGGGAAAGGAACCCUGGAGUUGAGUUCGUCCAACGCAAAGAAACGUUUUCUUGCCGAUGCUGGUAACCUUAUCAAGAUCGGCCUGAGCAAGGCUAGCGUUAUUCGCCUGGUCUCAGACAACGACGUCAAGACUGUGCUCCAUCCGAAAUACGUCAACGAUAUUCGAAGCCAUCCUGCGCUGAGCUUCGGCACUGCCAUCCAGAAGGAAUUCCAUGCCGAUGCCGGUAUCCAUGGGUUUGAACCCUUCAAACAAGGCUCGACUGCUGGCGAAAUCUUUCAAUAUGCUGUCCGGACCAAGUUGACUCAAAGUCUCGAGUGGCAUGAGGUUGAUCUGCGAGCGUCCAUCCUUGGCAUAGUCGCUCAGCUCUCGUCACGAGUAUUUCUGGGCGACCAGAUCUGCCGGAAUCCCGACUGGCUCCGUAUUACGGUCAACUAUACGGUCGACUCCUUUAUUGCUGCUCAGGAUCUCCGUCUCUGGCCCAAGCCCCUGCGUCCACUCGUAGCUAACUUUUUGCCUUCCUGCCGGAAGAUCCGAAGUGAGCUUCGGGAAGCCACCGAAAUCAUCACACCGGUUCUUGAGGAGCGCCGGAAAUCCAAGGAGACACAAGUUAGAGAAGGUCGGACCCCGGAGCGUUAUGUCGACGCCAUGCAGUGGAUGGAGGAGUCCGCUGAAGGUCGCCCCUACGACCCUGCGGUGGCGCAACUCUCCUUUUCGCUUGCGGCUAUCCAUACCACGUCCGAUAUGCUCACUCAGGCCCUCCUCGAUCUCUGCGGCAAGGAUGAUCUCAUCAAGGAGCUCCGUGAAGAGAUCGUAACGGUCAUCCAAGGGGAGGGCUGGAAGAAGACCACCUUGUACAAGUUAAAGCUUAUGGACAGUGUGUUGAAGGAGAGCCAGCGAUUGAAGCCCGUAAGCAUCGCUUCCAUGAGACGUCUCGCAUCGGAGGAUGUGAAACUCUCCGACGGAACUAUCAUCCCAAAGGGGUCGAGUCUCUUCGUCUCUAGUGACAACAUGUGGGACCCUAGCGUAUAUCCUGAUCCUGAGAAAUUCGACCCCUAUCGGUUCCUCAGGCUGCGCGAGAUCCCAGGCCAUGAAACCUCAGCUCAGCUGGUGUCGCCAUCUCCGGAACACAUGGGCUUUGGAUUCGGGAAGCAUGCCUGUCCCGGACGGUUCUUUGCGGUCAACGAGAUCAAAAUAGCCCUGUGCCAUAUUUUGUUGAAAUAUGACAUUCGCUUGCCGGAGGGUUAUACGCCGGCAAAACGAAGAAUGGGAAUCUCGUUGGACGUGGACCCAUUGGCGAGGCUCUUGGUGAAGCGUCGACAGGAGGAGAUUUUGCUCUAG